UUCUUGUUGCUGGUAGUCAUAUAAUCGGUGAUGCUAUUCGUGAAUUUGCUGGUGAAUGUGGUAUUGAAUUUGCUGAUGAUAAAAAUGCUGUUAUUGAUCAUCUUAAUUAUGAUGUUAAUGAUAAUGGACAACAUACAUUAAUUAUUGCUAGUCCAGAUAAUCUUUUAGCAUCCGAAUUAAUAACUGGAGAAGCUAAAAAAGUUGGUCUACCAUUUCUUUUUCGAGGCAUUGGAAUGUCAUCUGAUUCAGAGAAUUCAUUAUUACUUGAUGUUUUAACUGGUUCAUCAAGUUCAUAUACGGCUAAUCCUGAUGAAAAAACAUUAACUGAAUAUCCAACAACAGUUGGUAAACGAACAUUAUUAGUAUCUGUACUUCAAGCUCAUAAUAAUGCUCGUGUUGGUUUUGUUGGUUCAUUAGAUUUUUUUAGUAAUGAUUUUUUUCAAAGUCCAAUACAAUCAAAUGAUGGAAAAAAAUCAGCUAAAUCUGGUAAUGAAGAAUUAG